AUGGCCGCCGAGGUGAACCGGAAGUCCCUCCCGUUGGUUCCGGGAUUUCGACCACGCCCCUCCAGUUUGUGUACAGGUCGGCGCGGCGCUCUCGGCGACAAAGAGGCGCCCGUGCGUAAGUGAUACGUCAGCCAAAGAGGGGGCAUCGGGCGUCACCACGCAUGCGCGCCCAGAAGCGGAUCCCAUCGGAGCUCAGCUGAGGAGACUGAGAUGCCGCCGCUGUCAAGCUGGGUGAGGAAGAGGAGGAGGAGGUGGGAGUCGGAGGGGCCCGGACCCCCUUCCCCCCAAAGGGGUCAGGGGGCGGGGGAGGGAAAGGCCGAAGCGGCGUCGCGGCUGCUGCUGCCGCUGUUGUCAGUAGAGGUUGUUUUACUCGGAGUAGACCCGUUGAAAGUAAUGGGCAGGGGGAACUAAGGUUCGUUCAUUUCGACGGGCCUGCGGUGUGUAAGGCCUACAUGAGCAGAACCCACAAAUGAUGAUGAUGAUAUUAUAAUACUGUAUAACACGUUUCUGGGUUGUGUAGGAGUAAGCUAUACUCGGAGUAGACCCGUUGAAAUCAAAUCAGCCUGAACUCUACGAUUCUACAUGGAGAUUCCCUUCCAACUCCAUAAUUCGAUGUUGGAGAUAACCUAAUAAUAAUGAUAAUGAUGAUGAUGAUAAUAAAAUAAUAAUAAUAAUAUGUGUGGUGGUGGUGGUGAGAGAUGACAUGGGAGGUUUGCCAGCAAGCAGCCCAUCCUUAGGUAGAGUGUGGGGAGGAAGUGCACUUUCCUGUUUCCCUCAGUUCUUCCCCCCCUCUCUCUGGGCGACCCCUUCAGGCAGGGUGAGAGUUCAGAGGCAGGGAGGAGGAGGAGGAGGAAGAGGAUGGUGACACAGAGAUUUAAAGGUUCCUGCGCAGGUGGAGAGAUUCCUCUCAGGCUAAGGGCACGUUGAGGCACAACACGCACGCACAAAAUAAGUGGCAACUUUAAAAACAAUUAAAACAGUAACCGAGCUCUUUAAAAAGAGGCAGUUUUAAAAAUCAGCAAAGCAGGGUGCAAACCAAAUUUUUAAAGCGUUUAAACGAAGCAAACAAAUAGGUUUGAAGGGUGCCAGAACGACAGCAGUGUUGGUGCCAGACAAGUUUGUAAAGGGCAUACGCACAAUAAGUUUAAGGCAACCCCCGAACAAGAAACUUCCCCUCACAAAACUACAGUUCCCUUAAACUGCAGGUCCCAGGUUUCAUGAGGCAGGAUGUGUAUGGAAACUGUGAAAUUUGCUGGGCCAGUCCAAAGAGUGCCUAACCUACCCAGCAAACCGCCUCCAAGAAUUGUUGGCAGAUUCUUCUGGGAUGUUCAUGAGGCAUGGAAGGCGGCAACCUUCCACUGUUUUUUGUUCCCAGCAUUUGGUACUUUUGACUCCUUGUGCAUGGAGGCUUCAUUUGCUAUCUUAACUUAAUUCAGGAUUAGGCUAUCUUAAUCCAGAGGAAGGGAAGGUUCUGGAUGUUGUCGGACUUUUGAAAUCUCAUCAGCCACAUCCAGAGUGGUCAGGGAUGAUGGGAGUUGCAGUCCAACAGCAGCUGGAUUGCUACAGGUUCCCCACCUGUGGCCUAGAAGAGCAAAAAGACUGCUUUGCUAGCUCAUAAUAAGGUAGGCCUGUGUACAGUAGUUGCGCAUUUCAUUUCCAAAAGCUGCCUUUCAAGUACCCACAGCCUGAAGGCAACAGCCCCCCUCUGCUGUCCCCCCCCCCCAGCAAGUGAUAUCCAGAGGUAGAUUGCAUUUGUUGUGCAGUAGCCAUUGGCAAACAGUUUGUGUGGAUUGUGUAACCCUUCUACAUGUAAGCAGCAUAUUUGCUCUCUGCCACGCCCCCAUGUGUUACAAGCAUGGCAUUAAAAUAUACCGUACUUUCCCAAUUCUACAUAAAGCCCAUGGGAGGAAGAAACCAGAUUUGUAGUAAACACAACAAACGUUCUGGGGCUUCUGACUUCAUUUUCUAAAGGGGAUAUUAGAGUCUGUUCCUGCAGGAGAAUAUAGACAUAGGCAACUUUUCUCGGCAUGCAGUUGUAUUAACUUUUUAAUUUGAUUUCCCUUGCAUGUUCCAAAGUGUAUGAGAGAGACUUUUUGCCAGUUUGUUGAUCAAUAUUCUUUACAGCAGCUGAAGAGAGGUUUUUUUGUUUGCUGAAGUGAACAACCUGCUUUAUCUCUUCCUUUAGAACCAACGAAAUUUUCCUUAGUAGGAAUAGAGUUGUGUGAGAUGUGGAUUCAACCACAGGUACGUAGAGUGAUUCUGUAUUUCAUUAGGAGGAAAGCAUGUAGACUUGAUGGUAACAUUGGCAUAACUGGGAAUUUAUAUUGGCCUGCCUUGUUGGCAGAUGAGAAACCUAAGCAGUCCUGUUCAGACAUCUUAUUGUUGGGUAAUCUUGAUAAUCUGAUAAUGCUUUGGAUAGAAAUGUUUUUAAAUGCAUAUAAUUAAAUGGUUAGAAACUGCUGUACUAUUGGCUAUUGGUAGGAGUUUCUUCUAAUUUUUGAUCCCAGAAAGCCCUCUAAGUCAACAUAUCUUCCUUUCUUGCCUCUUUCUCCCCACCUCGGUAUAGAGAUUAUAAUUUAAUAAAGGAUCUAGUCAUUAUUAACUCCUUCCAUUGCAUUAUUAAGAGCCUGUGUGCACUCUUAAUUGCUUUGUUGUUGUGACAACAACAUUCCUUUCCAGAGUUACCUAGUACUGGAAGACAUCGCCUCUCCCAUUACAGCUGUGCUCUUUGGCCCUGUGGAGCCUUCAGUGUGGGGUUCCUCAGUGUUCAAUUUUAUCCCCUAUGCUGUUUAACAUCUACAUGAAACCACUAAGUGGGGUCAUCCAGAGCUUUGGAGUACGUGGUCAGCAAUAUGCUGAUGACACACUGCUCCACAUCUCCUUUACAUCUGCAGGUGAGGCAGCGGAAGUGCUGGACCAGUGUCUUGCCUCCAUAAUGGACUGGAUGAGAGCUAGCAAAUUGAAGCUCAAUCCAGAGAAGACGGGGGCACUGUUAGUGGGUGGUUCCUUAGACCAGAUGGAUGGGAGGUUGCCUGCCAUUGAUGAGGUUGCCCUCCCUCUGAAGGAGCGAGUAUGUAGCUUGGGAGUACUUCUGGAUUCUUUGCUGUUGCUUGAUGCUCAGGUGGCCUCAGUGGUCCAGAGUCCAACAGCUUUGGCUGGUGACCCAGCUGUUCCUCUAUCUGGACAGGGAUAGCCUAACUUCUGUUGUCUGCACUCUGGUAACCUCUAGGUUAGAUUACCACAACAUGUUAUACGUGGCACUGCCUCUGAAGCCGUUUUGGAAGCUUCAGCUGGUGCAGAAUUCAGCGGCCAAGUUGCUCAAGAGGAUUUGAGCAUAUUACACCGAUUCUGGCCUGACUGCACUGGCUGGACCCAAUUCAAAGUGCUGUUUUUGACCUAUAAUGCUUUAAACAGCUCAAUACCACAGUACCUCAAGAAAUGCCUCUCCCCUAAUGAACUGACCUGGACCCUGCAAUUAUCAUCUGAGGCCCUUUUUUGUGUGCCUCUCCCACUAGAAGUCCAGAGGGUGGCAACAUGAUGACCGGCCUUUUCUGUAGUGGCUCCUCAUUUUGGGGAACACUCUCCCCAGGGAGGCUCACCCACCACCUUUACUAUGCAUCUUUAGGUGCCAGGCGAAAACGUUCCUCUUCAGCCCGGUGUUUGGCUGAUUAAUAGUCUAUGGCUUUUUAAAUGAGCUUGUGAGGAUGGGGUUAUUGGUUUCUUUUUGUUUUAUUAUGUGCUGUGUUCUUGUUUUGUAUUUUUAUGCUGUGAACCACCCUUUGAUCUUUGGAUGAUGGGCAAUACACAGAUUUAAUCAACAACAACAACAAGUUAUCUCAUUGCAUUAACAAUGCAUUUUUCUUUACACAUUGGAUUGUGUUCAUGGAGAAACAUAACGGGCUCACUCUCUUCCCAUAGCUUGUGGCGUGCUUCAAGAUCUAG